AGAAAUAGACAGGAAUUUUGUUUGCCACAAGAUAGCGUUUAUUUAGCAAAUUUUAAAAAGAAACUUAUAGCGGAAGUCUUUGGGGAUUUCCAUGUAUGUGUAACUGAAUAAAUUAAUGAAAAAGAAGAGUCAGUUAGAAGAAAAACGAGUUUCGCGGGCAAUUAUUUGUUUCCAUUUCACAAGGCAAAACAGAAGGCCGUGAGCAAAUUCUUCUCUCAAGAUCCGUGUUCAAUGCAAUACAUUUUUUUCUUUUUUUAACUCUAAUUAACUCGCCUUUUUGCUUUCUUUUCCUUUCAUUUCGCUAUAAUCUUUAAUUUUUCUCUGUUUUUUGGGUUCUUGUUUGUACUCAUUUGCAAGUCACAAUCCACUCAAAAUUAUUGUGUCGUAUUUUGAUCGUCACUGUGCUUUUCGGCUUUGGCGAACUUCCCGGUCUCAUUCUGAUAAUGUACUAGAGCAAGUGUAUCAGUAUUGUUGAGGAUUUACUACUUUUACUGUUACAAAUUGUUCAAUGAUCACCCUAACCAGAUUCAAAAUUCCAUUGCAUUAAUGAAAUGUGAUGAGUGAUUUUUGAUUUAAUUGGUGAGUGAUGAAUAACGUGUCUACGAAGAACCAAUGCUUGGCAAAUUUGGGUGUUUGAACAAGUGAGAAUUAGUUUGUAGAGUUCAGAAUUCGAGGGUGAUGGAUUCUGUAUCAAAUGCAUCACCAAAGUCUUCUCCAAUGCGGAUUGCAGUGAAUACAAGAUCUGCAAACUCUUCGAGAUCACCAAAAUCUCCCAAGUCUCCAAGGUCAUAUCCAAUGCCGAUCCCAGUGAAUACAAUAUCUGCAAACUCUCCAAGAUCACCAAAAUCUCCUAUUUCUCCAAAGUCACCUGGGAAAUCUUUUACAGGCAAAGGGAGUCCAAGCAAGGGGAGCCUACUUAAAAAUGAGAGACAUUCACAUUCUCCAAAAGAUGGCCGUCCUAAAAAAGGUGGCUCAGGUGGUAAAGGGACAUGGGGAGGACUGCUUGAUACCGAUAAUAACAAUUUUGUUGAUCCAAAUGACCCAAAUUAUGACAGUGAGGAAUGUGAUGACAAAACCGUGAGAAACUUGACCAUAGAUUUUGACGAGUACAGGAAAAAGGUUAUGAUAAUAGUGGAGGAAUAUUUUGCAACCGAUGAUGUUGUUUCAACUUUCAAUGAAUUGAAAGAACUUGGAAAGCCUAGUUAUAACUACUAUUUUGUGAAAAAACUCGUCUCUAUGGCUAUGGAUAGGCAUGACAAAGAGAAGGAAAUGGCUGCUGUUCUUUUAUCUGCUCUUUAUUCAAACAUUUUUGAUCCAUCACAAGUUUAUGAAGGGUUUACCAAAUUAGUGGAGUCUGCAGAUGAUUUAAUUGUAGAUAUACCUGAUGCUGUCGAUAUUCUUGCGUUGUUCAUAGCUCGGGCUGUGGUUGAUGACAUACUUCCACCUGCAUUUUUAAAGAAUGAGAUGGCUUCUUUACCAGAAGAUUCUAAGGGUCUUGACGUUCUUAAAAGAGCUGAGAAAGGCUAUCUAGCAGCCCCUCUUCAUGCAGAAGUUAUCGAGCGACGAUGGGGUGGAAGCAAGAAUAAAACAGUUGAGGAUGUGAAGACUAAGAUUAACAACUUGCUAGUAGAAUAUGUAGGGAGUGGCGACAAAAAAGAGGCUUGCAGAUGCAUCAAGGAUUUAAAAGUUCCGUUUUUCCAUCAUGAAGUGAUUAAAAGAGCUCUUAUAAUGGCCAUGGAAAGGACACAAGCUGAAGGUCGGCUUCUAGAUCUGCUAAAAGAUGCUGCUGAACAAGGAUUAAUCAAUACGAGCCAAAUAACGAAAGGAUUUACCCGGAUUAUCGAUGCUGUGGAUGAUUUGACACUUGACAUCCCAAAUGCUCGAGAGAUACUGCAGUCUUUAAUUUCGAAAGCUGCAUCGGAGGGUUGGUUGUGUGCUUCAUCAUUGAGGCCUGUCUCAAUAGGACCAGCUAAACCACCUUUAGAAGAUAAUGCUACUAAAAUUUUCAAGACAAAAGCUCAAUCCAUUAUACAAGAAUAUUUCUUGUCUGGUGAUAUUUCAGAGGUUAGUAGCUGUCUUGAAUCCGAAAACAGUAAUAGCUCUGCUGAAUUGAAUGCUAUCUUUGUCAAAAGAUUAAUAACACUUGCAAUGGAUCGAAAAAAUAGGGAAAAGGAAAUGGCUUCUGUUUUGCUGUCAUCUUUAUGUUUCCCAGUAGAUGAUGUUGUAAAAGGAUUCAUUAUGUUGAUAGAAUCCGCAGAUGACACAGCUUUAGAUAAUCCGGUUGUUGUUGAGGAUCUCGCUAUGUUUUUAUCCAGAGCAGUGGUGGAUGAAGUAUUAGCUCCGCAACAACUAGGGGAAAUCGAAAGCCAGUUUUUGGGGGUAGAGUCAAUAGGAAGCAAAGUCCUUCAAAUGGCUAAGUCGUUACUAAAGGCUCGACUUUCCGGUGAGCGAAUCCUGAGAUGUUGGGGUGGUUCAGGAAGAAGCAAACCUGGAUGGGCCGUCGAGGACGUCAAGGAUAAAAUUGGGAGGUUACUAGAAGAGUACGAAUCCGGAGGGGAUAUAAGAGAAGCGUGUCGCUGCAUAAAAGAAUUAGGCAUGUCGUUUUUUCAUCACGAGGUAGUUAAGAAAGCAAUGGUGAUAAUCAUUGAGAAGAAGAGUGAAAGAAUGUGGUCAUUACUUGAUCAGAGUUUCAGUUCGGGACUUAUAACCUCAUAUCAGAUGAUGAAAGGUUUUGAAAGAGUUGCAGAAUCUCUUGAGGAUUUGUCUUUGGAUGUGCCUGAUGCUCACAGACAAUUUAUACAUUUUGUUGACAGAGCUAAGGUUGCAGGCUGGUUGGAUUCUUCAUUUUCUUAUCACAUAUCAGGAAAUGGAAUCUGUUAAUAAUACAUGUAAGCUCAUAAUUUGUUCGAUAUCCCGUCGAAAGUCCGACAGAUCUACGGGCGGUUAAAACUAUUUUGACAUAUAGUAAUAUUUUUUUAUUCAUAAAACUCGUAUAUGAGAUUUUACUUGUAGAACAAAAUUGUAAGGUGAUUUUUUGUUUAAUUAAUAAGUGAUUCAAUGAAA